AUGAACUCCAGCAACGUACUGGAGACACAGGGAACCCAGCAGACAGCAACUCAUCUGGUAGUCUUGGCGACGGCAAGGGUCAAUACACUCAAUCAACAUGGACAAUCAACGCCAGCUAGGAUCCUCAUCGAUCAGGGCUCCGAAAUAUCACUAGUUUUAGAGCGCUUGGUAAAUCAACUACACUUGGAAAGAAAGUCAUCAUCACUGGUCAUCAUCGGCAUCGGAGAAACAUCAUCAGGGAGCACACGUGGUGUCGUGAAACUCGCCUUACAACCGAGACACAAUCCCGCUGUGGAAAUCAUCGUACAGGCCUACAUCCUGAGCACGCUGAAGGCGAAAAUACCGCCAUUUGCUUGCAAAUCAACGAUUCCUCUUCAACUACAGGAACUUCAACUGGAAGAUUCUCACUUCUUAAGACCUGGAGCAAUUGACAUAAUCAUCGGAGCUGAUACUUAUAGAAGAAUCGUCGAGGAGAAAAUCAUCAGGUUUAAAGAAACGAAACUCAUCGCUCAGCAAACUACAUUUGGCUGGGUUGUAUCGGGACCAGUUUGCUACAUGAACUGCUCAGAAAAAUCAUCUUUAAAGGGAACGACGCAAACGGCUAAUCAACAAUUACUAGAACUCCUGAAGAAAUUUUGGGUCCAGGAGGAAUUACCGGAUACACCAUCAUCAUCAUCAGUUUUAAGCAAAGCUCAAGCAGAAUGCGAGCAGCAUUUCAUCGAAACUCAUCAGAGAGAUUCAACAAGGCGUUAUAUAGUGCGCCUUCCAUUCAAAUCAUCACCAGCCGCACUGGGGGAUACAGCAUCGACGGCUAGGAUCAGGCUAGAGAAAACCAUUAGGCGAUUAUCAGCAGAUCCAGACGCUCAUACUCUCUACAAGAAAUUCAUCGAGGAGUAUGAGGCCUUGGACGACAUGCAGUGA